UUGUGUCUGCCGUCAUGGACAGUCAGAGCCGAGUGUUUGCUGCGAUCCUACCGGCUGCUGGUCGAGAAACCACCAGUAAUGAAAAAGAGCAGGGGCUCGAAGUGCGAGCUAAUUGGGCACGGGAGGUUCAGGUCACGGGAAAAGCCGAGGUUCGUUGCCCGGCGGACCGAGUGUCGGUGCGGGUCAACGUGGGCAACAGCAAAGAGUCCGUCAACGAGGCGACCAACAGCGUUUCACGGCGACUUGAAUACAUUUUACAAGCUGUCAGACAACAUGGUGUCAGUGACAAAGACACCUCAGUGAGGCGGUUUCUCCACCGAGAGGCAGACCAGUAUCACAUGGAUGCAGAGGUCAUGGUCACUUUCUCAGAUUUUGAUAAGAUGGAGUUAGUGUGUAGUGUCCUGCUGGAGAAGCUGGACAAGAGUGUUUGUGUGGGAAUGCCACAGUUCUACCACAGUGCUGACAACCUGAGUCAAAUGAGGUAUAGGGCAUGCGUGUCAGCAGUUGAAAAUGCUCAGCAGAUAGCCUUUGACGUCAGUCAAGUCCUCGGGCAAACUCUGGGACCCCCUCUUCAGGUCAGAGAGGAGGAAGCAAGGGAGUGGAGGAAUGAGGAUGAGGAGGAUGGUGGCAGAUGCCAAGAUUCUGCACCCCUUCCUCACCUCCCCAUAUCAAUUGCCUCCUCACGGGUGUCUGUCUCCUUCAGCCUCAGAGACAGAAGCAGGAAAAAACUCUAAAGACAUCUGUCAAUGACUCAUGAAACCAAAGAGCUGAUGGUCACAGUUUAUAGUCUUUUAUUACUUCGUUGUAAUGGCUGAAUAGAAGUGCAGUUUUUAAAGUUUUUCUUUAUACCUCAGCCAACACUGUCUUGUAAACAAAAAACAGAUUUUAAAGCAUCAUUUCAAGCAUUUGCAGUUAUCAUUUAACUUAAAAUCAGGCCAACAUUAAAUUAAAUGUUUUUUAUCUGUUUUGUUCUAAUUUUGGCACAUCAAAUUAAAACACUUUAUAUUUAUACAUCUCAAAGAAAUAAAAGGUAAAUAACAUUUCAUAAAUGAGUCCCAGAGUUACUAAAAAUCCAAAAAGACACCCUUACA